AUGCAGGAGCUGAUUAGCAAUGGUAAGUGGAAGAUGGACUUGUUGCAGAACAUUUUCAAUAAGGAAGACUGUGCUAGAAUAGGGAGCAUCCCUCUGAGUACAUGUGAUAGUAAGGAUAGAUUUGUUUGGCCUAGGUCCAACUCGGGGAAAUACACUAUCAAAUCUGGUUAUGUGCUGGCUAAGGAGAUGUCAAGCAGGAAGGGAGAUACACAGGUGGGAGGGGGAAAUAGCAGCAGAAAUAAGGCAAACUCUGGAGUUUGGAAAUUUUUAUGGGGUUUGAACAUAAAACAUAAACUGAAACACUUCAUAUGGAAGUGCUUAAGGGGAAUACUGCCAGUCAAUGAGGUGCUGAAAAGGAGAACUGGAAAAGCAGAUGACAAAUGUGUUGGAUGUGGAGAGCAGACAGAAACGUUGGAACACAUGCUGUUUUUUUUUGCAAGAAUGCUGAAUUCAUAUGGAAAGCUACUCCUAUUAGGUGGGAUGGUUUGCAGGAUUUCAGACACAAUUUCUGGCAUUGGUGGAAUGUGGAAGGCAAGGAAUGGAGUUCAAUUCAAUAGGGAGAAAAGGUGCCCUGGUCAAACUAUAAAUAAAGCAGUGCAGGAAUGGUUUGAAUACAGGAAUAUAAAUUCUGAAGCUGAUAGGAGCAAAGGAACUGGGGAUGGUACAGCUAUGGUAGGUGGCAAAUGGACUCCUCCUCCCAAAGGAUUUAUUAGCAUGAAUACUGAUGUUAGUUUGAACAUGCAAGAGAGAAAAGUUGGAUGGGGGAUAGUGGCAAGAAACGAUGAUUGUGUCUUGGUUGGAGCCUGGGCAGUGAGUGAAAAUAGACUUGGGGAUCCGGUUGUGGAAGAAGCUACGGCAAUCAGGAAAGCCUUGAUCGUUGCAAAGCAGAAUGGUUGGGGAAAGAUUGUGCUACAGUUGGAUUGCAAAACAAUAGUUGACAAACUCAACGCAAAGAGUGCAGAACAUCUAAGUGUGGGAGUCAUUCUGUUUGAUAUUUUAAAGCUCAGGAUGGACUUCGUUGAAUGUUCCUUCUCCUUUAUCAGAAGGGGAGAGAACUCUGUAGCUCACCAUUUGGCUAAAUUUGCCUUACACUUGGUAGAUGAGAAUGUGUGGCAGGAAUCAUUUCCUGAUUGGCUAAGUAGUUUAGCUAGUAAAGAUGCAGGAGCACGUACUCCAGCUUUGUAA